UCCACCUGGUUGCUAUAUUUUCCAGUGUUUUAGGGUGAUUUUUCAUCCGAUCAUGGCUCAUUCGAAUCAUACAGAUGACAUAUUUGACGAAGAUGCCGAUGAUAUUCUUUUGAGCGAGAAAGAGUGGCAGAAUUUGCGCAGAAACAGAGUAAAAGAUGGAUAUCGUGAGGGGUUAGAAGAAGGCAAAGAAUCUCAGCUACAGAGUGGUUUUAACCAAGGCUAUGAGGAUGCUGUGGACAUGGUUUUCCAAGUAGCAAAGUUAAGAGGAUCUUUGUGUGCACUGAUUUCCUACACCAUGCUCCAGGGAGGGGAGGAAACCCCACACAUUCAGGACACAGAGAGGAUGGCUGCUGCUAAGUCUUUACUUGAAGAAGUCACAGAACUAGAGAGAGAAGUCAAAGAAAAUCUCAGAACACUUACUUCAGCUGAUUGUAGGCAAUCUGGGCAUGAUAAUGAUAUUAUAACAGAGACCUGUCCUAAAGAAUCUGAUUUAGUUAUUGAUUUAGAAAUGAGAACUGUGGGUGAAAAUACUGACUUUGAGAAAAAACACAAAGUUACUUCUGGAAGCUCUGGAAAAGAGCUACUUCAGACAAAUAUUGUGAAUAAACCUGAAGAAGAUAAUGAAAUUAACAUACACUGUCAAUCUUGUGAUUGUGACAUCAGUCGAAAUACUGACUGUUGCAGGGACCAAAAUAGCAGUAGCAGCGGUGCCUGUGAUUGUAGACAUAAAAAAGACAAAUUGAAACCAGCAAUAGUGUCUGCAGUCUCAGACAGCAGCAGUUUAUCCACCUCAGUAGACCGUGAAGGUAUCCAAGUACCUAGUUUACAUUAUUUGCAUGCUGAGGUGCUCAGACUUGAGGAAACUUUGAUGAACUUAAUGGGAAAAUGA